GUCCAACUUCGCACUUUUUACAAUAUUCUCUCCCAAUUCCCAUCGUCAGCGCCAUGUCUGCAGCAGAACAACGGAAGCUUCUUGAAGCUCUCAUGGGAAAGGAGGCCCUUGGCGGCACUCCAGAUAAUGUCAAAUUCACUGAUACAACCGUGUGCAGAAACUUUUUGUGUGGACUAUGUCCACACGACCUAUUCACAAAUACAAAAAUGGAUAUCGGCCCGUGUACCAAAUCCCAUUCUGAAAAACUAUUGGAAGAAUACAAGAAGGCUAGGAAAGAAGGUCACCCGGGAUAUGAAGAAGAGUGGUUCCAUAACCUCUCAGAGUUUGUCGGUGAUUGUGACCGUAAGGUGCAAGCUGCUCAAAGAAGGCUAGACAAAACACCUGAGGAUGCCAGAGCAGUCCAGCUGAUGCGAGAAGUUGGUGACCUCACAAACGAGAUUGCUACAUUAACGGGACAGGUGGAAACGUUAGGCGAAGAGGGGAAAGUUGCAGAGUCGAUGGAAGUCAUGAACAAGGUGGAAGACCUCCAAAAGCUGAAAGCCGACAAGGAGCGGGAGCUUAAACAAAUUACGGGUAGCGAAGGAAACUCACAACAGCAAAAGCUCCGAGUGUGCGAAGUAUGCUCAGCGUACUUGUCGAUUUUUGAUAGUGAUCGACGCUUAGCCGAUCAUUUUGGAGGGAAGAUGCAUCUUGGAUUUGUAAAAAUUAGAGAUAAGGUGGACGAAAUGAAAAAGGAAGGAUUUGGGGAACGCGGUGGACAUCGCGGGGGUUAUGGCUAUGGUGACAGGCGGGGAGGGUAUGAUAGAGGGGGAUAUGAUCGAGGCAGUUACGACCGCGACCGGCGUGGUGGAGGUGGUGGCGGCGGCCAUGAUCGAGGCUAUGAACGCCGUGGCUACGAGCCGCGUGGAGGUUAUGACCGUGGUUACGACGGCGGUCGACGCGGUUCGCGCUACGAUAGGGACUACGACAGAGAUCGCAGAGGGUCAAAGGAAGAGCGUGACAGAAGACGAUCACGUUCUCCUGAAGAUUACAGGCGGAAGUCUGGCCACUAAAAAGAUACGGGCGCGCGGCAGUAUUGUAUUAUUAUUGCCACUGGUUGCGCCAUGCUCGCCUUUCAUCUUUUUCUUUGAGACGCCUAGGCUCGGCACUUGCUGUACCUUCUUGAAUAUAGUACGAUGGGGUAAUAUCGUGUUUCCACCUCAGCGGUUCUUUUUACCACAUUGAAGCAAGCUCCGACCCCAGCACGGAAGAGCGACAUCAACGGCAGUGCAAAUAUGUGACUCAACUCCAUUAAGCAAGUAUGAACCGGUAGCGAGUGGUAUUCGAUACUGACACCAACUUGUUUCAGUGUGUUCAAAGCCGGUUCAUAUAAGAGGUAUCUAAUAUCUAACGACCUCCAGAUCAUUUCAUGCAGCGUGUUUCUUGAUUUCAGCUUCAAGACGAGAAGGGUCCGCACCCACGAUCUCUAUAAUUUUUUCUCCGUUCUGGUAAAUAUGAAAGGUAGGCAUAGCGCGAAUACUAGCUUGUUCUGCAACUUCUGGUACUUCGUCGACAUCCACCUUGAUGAAUGUGGCCUUGGUAUACUUUUGCGCAAAAGCUUCGAAUUUUGGGGAUAUCAUCUUACAAGGACCGCACCAAGUGGCAUAAAAGUCUGAUAGGUGGGUUGCGUAUCAGAAAAAUAAGCUCGACGACGUGCUCGUCAACGGGUAAUAAUACACACCAACUGGAAUAUAUGUGGAAUGGCAUAAAAAGGGUAAAGUCAUGAGCGUAAGUCAGUCAUCCCUGCUUCUUCGUGAGCGCAAAUAUGAA